AUCUUCAACAAAUGUAUAAACUGCGAAAGUGCAUCAGAAAUGUCACAAAUUAUUUAUUAUGGAUUCUUCAUUGUGAUCUUCCAAUUCGGAUGGGCUGCCGUACAAGUGGGUCACGUCUCACUCAUUACGGAUUUGACUCAAAACACUAAAGAAAGAGUUGAAUUGAAUGCUUACAGUCGAAAAGGAGACUCUAUUAUAACGAAAGAAGAUUCCGAUAGUUUUACUAUACUACUAGUAAUUGGUUGUGUGUUUGGUUUGGGCUCGUGUUUCUGGAACAGCUUUGGGUCAGUAGAUAACGAGUCGUUCAAACACUGGCAGGUCUAUGGGUCAGCCCUACUGUUCGGCAUCGGCGGCACAACUAUGCUUAUCGCCAGUCUCGCCCUCACUUCAGAUCUGAUUGGAAUCAAUACGACGAGCUCUGCCUUCGUGUUCGGGACAAUGAGUUUCUUCGAUAAAGUACUGAACGGAAGUUCAAUGGUAUUUAUUGCUAUAUUGCUUUACUUAUCGCAACGCAUAUCAACUGCCAGUGCCUACUGUCCGGCCCCUGACUUCUUCUACCCGUGUCAGUGCAUAUCGACUCCAAGUUAUCGAUACGAGUUGACCAUAUCUUGUAGUGGACUACAUAUAAAAGACAUGGAUAUCUACCGAGCAUUUACUCGACUAAACACUUAUCUGAACGGUUCCCUGUCCUCCAAGACAUUCUUAAAACUGGAAAUAAAACAGACAUCCAUUCAAAAUCUAUACGUCUAUGAAAUUGAUUUGUUUCGUGGAUUGAAGUUCAGACACAUAUCAGUAGUUGACAAUCAAAUUGAAAACUUUGAUCCCUUUAUUUUCUGGACUUCUUACCGCAUGAACCGAUUCUUUACUCUAAAGGGACACAAAACUCUAGUCAAUUAUAACCGACGCGAUCCCCUCCCUAUACUCAACCGAUUCAAGAGGUUGGAAGUGCUGACCAUUACGGACACCAAUUACGAUCGCAUAUCAAAGAAUGCAUUUUCCAAGUCUGAACAAAUUUGUCUCAAGAAAAUACUGUUCAAUAACAACGAAAUAACUCACAUCGAGAGCUGCGCCUUCUUUCAACUCCAAGCGCUUUGUGUCAUAGAUUUAAGUCAUAAUAAGAUCCGCAAAAUCCAAGAUCUGUCCUUCGCUAUCAAACACCCCUCACAUCAAAGACUUCUCAUAAAUCUUCACUCCAAUAACUUGACGGACAGUAGUCUCAGUCCAUUGGCUUUCCAUGGCAUAAAUCGUCCCAUUUUUCUCAUACUUUCGGACAACUUAUUGACUCAUUUGGAGGAAAAUAUAUUCGCGCCCCUACUCCUCAAACCCGAUAAUAGCAAUACAGUUGUCUUAAGCUAUAACCCAUUGGUCUGCGACUGUCGGUUCCAGUGGAUCGUCAGAAAUAGACAUCUACUACAGGGGGACAAAAUCCGUGGCCAACCCCUCUGUCACGACGGCAGGAGUAUUUGGAGCUAUUCUUUGCAUGAUUUAAAGCCCUGCUAA